ACAAAACAACUUGUGUCGUGUCCGGCCCAUUCGUCGCCUUCGCAGAUAGGCUUGCGAAAAAAACCUUUCUCUGUCAGGCGUUCUCUCUCCCACUCUCUCUCUCUCUAGAAAGAAAUCAGUGACGACGUUCCAUGGAAGAGAAACCAUCGCGAGCUCACCUCAAGCGCCCAUUUCCCGAAGACGAUGAUUCAAACAAACCCCCUACGCAAAAGAGAGUUAGGUUUCCUAAGGGUAAGAAGGUGAAACCUGGAAAUGAAAAGGUGGAUGUAUGGAAGCCUUCCGAAGACCUUACAAGUGAGCAGGUUGAUGCUCGUAAUGCAGCAAAGGAGCGUGCAAUGCAGAGGAAUCAGAUAACUGCCGAACUCCUCAGUGAAGAAAAUAGAGGGAUGCUUCAUGAUAUAUCAGCUGCAGAAGUGCGAUAUGAGGAUAACGAGACGUUUGUUCAUGAUGGGGUUCAGAUAGAACCUUUUAAUCUGGAAAAAGAGAGGGAAGAAGGCUAUUUUGAUGAGCAGGGAAAUUUUGUCGAGUACAUCCAUGAAAAUGAAAUCAAGGAUGCAUGGCUUGAUAGUGUUGAGGUUGACCCUAAACUUGCUGCAAAAGGCUCUAUGCUUACAAAUAUGGAUGAUGAUAUCCCUGACCUUUCGUCUCAAGAAAUUGGACAAAUGAAGAGGCGAAUUGCUGAUGUGCUUGAGCCUGGGGAAACGGUUUUACGAGCUUUGAGAAGGCUGAAAGGAACUUCAAAUAACAAAAAAGAAAAGAUGCCUGCAGAAACAAAACAACUCUUUGACCAGCUGACUGAAGAUGCCAUGAAGCUGAUGGAGAAUGGUGAUUACAAUGUAUAUGAUGAAAAGCAGGAGGUGUUUCAGCGUGAGGCAGAAGGAUAUGAGAGGUUGGCAAGGGCAAGAGGGGAGGGUGACUCAAUGGAUACUGUGGCCAAUGACUACAAUUCUUCUGUACUCCUUGCUACAACUGUGGGUCCUUCAAAUAUGAAUGUUUCUUCCGCAGAAAUUUUACCCAGCAAUGGUGAUGAUGCAUUUGAUAUGUUUGCCGAAGAUGAUGAGAAUGGUACUGCCAAUCCAACUGCGGAAGGGAGUAUCUUGGUUUCUGGUCCUACUCAUGAUAGAAUUGGUCAGCCCUCUGAAAGUGGAGGUUCACAGAAUGAUUAUGUAUACGAUGAGUCUUCUGGGUACUACUACAGCAGUAGCUUGGGCUACUAUUAUGACCCAUCUUCGGGAUUGUAUUGUUGUGCAGCAUCAGGACAGUGGUACUCGUAUAAUGAGGUGACGGGUGCAUACGAUGAAGUUCAGGAAGCUGCAACUGCAACCGACGUGAGCUGAUGGAUGGAGACACUAGGCUUGUAUACUAACUACAUAUUGAGCAGUUUCUGUACAGACCAGAAAAUUAUGCUGUGUGAAAUAGGGUUAUGUAGACAGCGGGGCACCGCCUUUUCUUCUGUUAUUUUCUUUUGAAACUUUUGAUCUUGGUAAUUGAGAAACCUUGCUUAAUGUUCUAUUGUGCACAUGAUGUGCUGCUUGCUAGAUGCUUGCACAGGGGAGACUGGAGAAAGGGAGGCUGUGUUUGGCGGAGUUUGUAGAACAAUUUUUUAAACAUUGGUAGAUGCUUGAUUAGUUUAUUGUUUGCAGAAACCGAGUUAAAAAAAUUUGUUAGGGACAUAUUAGCCAUA